AUGGAGCAGCAAGACGUUACCGAGGCCGCGAGGCCAACUCGCAUGAAGUUCCCGGACAAGCCGGCUCCGGAAGCUCAUCGGGAUUAUUUGGACAUGGACACGGACGAAGAGGAGUUCGGUCAUCAAGAGACGCCCGAGCCGCUCGACGAAGCCCCGCCAGAACCGGAAAAGCCGCAAUUCACCACCGAGGAGCUGGAUCGAUUGGUCAAGCUGACCAAGAGGCUGACGCUGCUGCCGAACCUGUCGGACGAGCGCUGGAACGUCAGCUGCCUGGAGACGAUCCGCCAGUUCUUCCGCGAGCCGACGCAGCCGGUGCUGACGAUCUUCUUCCGGAGGGGCGAGCUGACGGCUCGGCUGGGCUUCCCGCGCAGCAGCGACUCCGGCCUGGCGUACUUCCUGCGCGAGGCCCGCCAGGUCUACCGCGCCGACGACUUCGCCGGCAGCGCGAGCUUCGGCAGCCUGUGCGAGAGGAGCGAGCUGGCGCUGCUCAGGCUCGUCGAGGGCCUGUACGCGCCGCUCGCCUUCCAGAGGCCCGACUGGCCGCGCAUCGCGAGGAACCGCGUGCUCUCGGACCUGAACGAGUUGCUCGCGCGCGCGACCGAGCUCGCCUACAGGCCCACGGGCCUGCUGCUGCUGUACGCGCCGUGGGAGGCCGCGCGGGGCGGCGGCGGCGUGGCUAUGAGCCCGCGGGAGCGCGUCCAGCUGCUCCACAGGCUGGACAGAGUGGCGAACACUUGGAUCAGGCGGAUCCGCGAGGUGCUCGCCCGGUCGCCGGCCGCCGAGGACCGACAGCUACACGACCUCGACGGCGAGUCCGACUUCUGGCAGGCGAGACACGAUAACCUGGCCUGCGUAGCGCAGCAGCUGGCGAGCGAUCGGCUGCAGUCGAUCGCGCGACAGCUGAAGGAGAUCGGGUCGCCGAGCGUCGAGCGCUUGGAGCUGCUCGCAUGCAAAGUGGACGAGGCUCGGCGCGAGGCACGAUCCAAUCUCAACUUCUUGCGGCUGGUCCUCGACGGCUGCCGCGAGCUCGACGGGCCCGCGCGGAUUCAGGAGCGUCUGUCAAGAAUUUUACUGGUCGUAAGAUUCGUAUGGACUGAAUCUCCAUACUAUCGUUUACUCGACAAUAUCGAGAGGCUGCUGUGUUCCUUGAGCGUCUACGUUGUUAAAAUUUGCAUCGAUAGCGUCGAUCUGAACCUGAUAUGCGACGAUUCGGAAAAAUGCAAGCAGAUAAUAGCGAUCAAUUUGCAGUGCUGUUACUCUUAUGCCGUCAUUUAUGAGAACGCGAUCGAUAGUUGUAUGCAAGGAGAGUCCGCUUGGAACGUUGACAAACGCAACGUGCUUAAAUCUAUCAAAGCCUUUGAGCACAGAUGCCGCGACGUUUCAGAAAUUUGCGACGCGAUUUUGAUUUACAGCGGCUUGAAUAAAAUUAAUUUCGGAGGCACGAAAGGAAAUCACCACGAAAUGCAGUACAAUCACGUGAAGGAUCAUUUUAUUCAUAUCAAGAACAACAUGCGCGUCUGUUGCAAUUAUGCAUUGGACAUUACGGAAAUUCAAUGGUUUCGAGAUAUGUCACAUUUUAGGAACAGCCUCGCCGAACUGGAAAGCACCAUUAAACAUUUAUUCAUUGGUUUGUUCGAAGAAGUCAAAAACGUUAAUAUGGGUGUCGAAACUCUAUAUACCUUUCUUCAAUUCAAGGAGGUAAAAGGAUUUCAGGACAUGUUGCAUGAUCAGUGGACAAAGGUUUGGGAAAUAUUUUACGAAGAGAUUAAGCUCUGUUUGCUCUCUUCACUGGAUCGUCAAAUCAUUCCCGAUCAAGUGAAAUUUCCGCAAUCAGAGGAAUCAAUGAUAACAGAUAUCCAUAAAAACUAUUUACUCAGCCUACGAAACAUUAUGGUCAAUGCAUCCGAUUGGCUUGGAGAUUGCGAUAUCCAGCAUGAAGUUUUAUCAAAGUUUUCAUGAAUCAAUAAUUUUUUUCCUCUCGCCUGAUUGAUUACGUCUAAGAUAAUGAAUAUGAAUAAAAAAUUUUAAAAAAGAUAGUUUUUAUUCUGGUGUAGGCUAUAGA